UUUCCCCAACUUUGUGGUUUCCCUCGUUCGCGAAGUUAAGGGUUAUUUCCGACGCAACCCAGAAGCGGAGCUUCAGAGCUCCCUGGAGGCGGGAUGGUGGCUCGGGCCGCACUGCUCCUUCUCCUGGGGGCGGCGGGAGUGGGUCCAGCCCCCUCCCUAGGCUCGCGGGGGGACCGAGAGCCCGUCUACCGGGACUGCCUGGUUCACUGCGAGAGGCGCAACUGCUCUGAGGCCGGGCUGCGGCACUUCCGCUCCCGCCAGCCGCUCUACAUGAGCCUCACAGGAUGGACCUGCAGAGAUGAUUGCAAAUAUGAAUGUAUGUGGCUGACUGUGGGGCUUUACCUCCAGGAGGGAUAUAAAGUGCCUCAGUUUCAUGGAAAGUGGCCCUUUUCUCGUUUCCUGUUUUUUCAGGAGCCUGCUUCUGCCUUUGCUUCACUCCUUAAUGGUCUUGCCAAUUUGGUGAUGCUGAACAGAUAUAAAGCCACUGUCCCCCGUUCUUCUCCUAUGUAUCAUACAUGUAUUGCCUUUGCUUGGGUGUCUUUAAAUGCCUGGUUCUGGUCUAUGGUUUUUCAUACUCGAGAAACAAAUCUGACUGAGAAAAUGGACUAUUUCUGUGCAUCAGCAGUCAUCCUUUACUCUGUGUACUUGUGUUGUGUCAGAACUCUAGGCUUGAAACGUCCGGCUUUUGCCACUGCCUUUGGGGGUUUCCUGCUCCUUUUCCUGGCCUGCCAUGUUUCCUAUUUGACCCUUGUACGCUUUGAUUAUGGUUACAAUAUGGCUGCCAAUGUGGCAAUUGGCCUCCUCAAUCUCUUCUGGUGGCUAGGCUGGUGUAUGCGGAACCAGCAACGCCUGCCCUAUGUUUGGAAGUGUGUGGCAGUUGUCUUGCUUCUCCAAGCCUUGGCUCUCCUGGAACUCCUGGAUUUUCCACCCCUGUUUUGGGUCUUUGAUGCCCAUGCCAUCUGGCAUAUCAGUACCAUCCCUGUCAAUAUCCUUUUCUAUAGUUUCCUUGUUGAUGACAGCCUUUAUCUUCUGAAGGCCAACUCUGAUAUUCUUAAAAUAGACUAAAGCCUGUGGUGGAGGGUAACGUGGAAAAGGCCAUGGGCAGCCAUGUACAAAAGACACCUAUUGCUUUGAUUUCUAGCAUCUGAGGAGUAUGCUGUUCUAAGCCUACUUUGUUCUGAGAAUUGGUGACAGUUUGCUCUACUGCUUCUGUUUUUAUAUUUCAAAAGCAUCCCUAUCAGGAUUCUGUGGCCAUCGUGUAAUAACCUGGCUGCCUUUUCUUCUUGUAUCAAGACAUGCCUCUUGUCUCCCUGGGACUUGUUUUGGGAACCUUUCCUUUGCCUUCCCCAGUUCUUCCUACACUGCUCUGGAGAGAGCAGGGGAAGUUUUGUUCUACUCUGUUUCUUUUUCCUUUUUUAAAAAGGAGUUCUGUGGGUUUUGGCUGGUCCAAUAGAUUUUGUUGAAAGGACUUCGCAAGCUGCUUGGGAAAAUGGCGGCAGCAGGUCUGGCAAACCACAAUCCUUUUUUGUGCUGUUGUUGACUUGAAAUCUGAAUUGUUUCAGACAAGUGGUCCUAUAAUGCUGCUUCACUGAGAGGCUCCCCUUUUUCAGCAAGCCAUCAGGACAGGGUUUCUCAACCUUGGCAACUUGAAGAUGUGUGGACUUCAACUCCCAUGCUAGCUGGGGAAUUCUGGAAGUUGAAGUCCACACAUCUCAGGUCGUGAAGGUUGAGAAACUCUGCAUCAGGAGCUUAUUACUUCCUUGCCAGUCAUGAGAAAAGUAGAAAAUAGAUUCUAUACUGCAAUGACUUUUUAAAAAAUCAAUAAUAUGUGGUGCUGGGUUCAGCUGUCUUCUGUCUUCAAGCUUUGUGCACAUAUAUAUCCCAUCACAGUAAUCCUUAUUCCUUGUUGGCAUGGACUUUAUAUAUGUUCAGUCACAUCACUUCAUUAUGUAUUAUUGCUGUUGCUCCAAAAGCCCUGACAACAACAACAACAACAAAACCAGAUUUACUGCUGGACUAUCACUCAGAAUUAGCUUCCAACUGGAAGGGGAAAAUCUUUGGGAUUUACUUUAAAAAAACUGUCGGGAUUAAUUUGUGACAUUUUAAUGACACAAACUUUUCCUACCAAGCCGCCGAAGCUGUUUGAGAAAUUUCAAGAUGAACUGCAAGCCAGAUCUGGAGGGGAAAUAAAUAGCAUUUCUCCUCUUCUCCACAUCUGCUCCCUGUUUUUAAAAUAGCAAUACAGACACUAUAGAGUGGAGUGGGUUUUUUUAUGUACGUGUGAGAUAAGACUCAUCACAAAAUUCCAUUUCGGCCAGUGUUCUGUUUUUCCUGAAUCGCUUGCCACUCAGAAGGCCUGGAGAAGUUUCCUGUAUGAUCUUCUCUUUUUGGAGCUACUGUGGCUAUGAUCCAUUGCUGGACCAGUCAAGUCCCUCUGUAUUCAAAAGCAGACCAUUCUUGGAACUUAAAAUUCUUCUCUUUUGGUGUUGGAGCUGAAGGUGACAAAGUGCCUGGAUAUUUAUGCCAAGAAACGUUGAUUGUUUGCAGAGGCAGAUGACCUCAGGAUUUUGUUGCUCAUUAAAUUUUCUCAUCACGGAAGCCUUUCAGGGGCAUCAAGUUCAGCAACAUUUAACACUUAAAGAACUCGUUACAUGUGGACUGUGAACACUUGAGCAGUUUUCUGCCUCUGGGAAAACCAGAGAAAGUAACAGGAGGCCAAAGUGCUUUUUACUUGAAGAGUGCCAAAGGGUUCAGAAAUUACCCAUGACCAGAGAAGUAUCAAAAUAAAAAGCGUAAUGGAGCCAGACUGGCUCAUGUGGGUAUUUUAGCUCUAAUCAUCCACCAGGUGGCAGUGCUUGCCAAUUCAUCUGUGAUUUGAAAGGGGUGUUUUAAACAUGAGGUUUUGGUUCUAUGGUGUUAUUGUAAUGCAGUGAAUUUUAAACAGGGGAGCUGUUAAUUUAUUUAGAUUAUCAGGCUGCUGCACAAGAAAAUUGGCAGUAGCAGCUAGACUUGCCUGAACAACAGUUUGCUCAUCCUCAUCCCUUGUAAGACACAGUCAUGGGGAAUCCCAUCUACUCCGGGUUGCGCUGUUCGCCAUAACUUGAGGGAGAUGCUUUUGAGGGUGACCCCCAGUCUUGAGAAAUGCGCUUGGUAUCUGGGUCAAUGUGGAAAGGGUUUAUCAGGAGACUCAAAACCCGUAAGUCUACGCACUUUCAUUUUCAGUUCUGGAGAGAGAAAAGGAGCACCUUUUAUUACAGCUUUUCCGCCCACCUCAGUUCAGUUAAAACUUUUCCACCUACCUCCAGUUCUGUUCAAACUGGAGCAGAAAAGCUGCUCGCUUCUUGAUGUUUUGGACUAUAAUUCCUGUAGUCCUUUGUCAUAGGAAAUGCUGGUUGGGCCUGAUGAAAGUUGAAGUCCAGGAUACCUGGUUACCUUCCUCUGGCACAAAUUCAAACCUUUCCAAGACUAACAAUGGAAUCUUACGUAUGUCUACCUACAGAGGAACCUUGUUUAGGUUGUUGAAAGUUAUGAUGGUGAUGAAAAAGUAACUUUAUUACCGUUCCUUGUAUUUAUGACCUUUGUAGGUCUGUAAAACAAAGGAAAGCUGAAGUAAGCACAGGUGCAGUUUUACUUAGUGACUGCUUGGCUUAAUGACCAAGGUGCUGGUCCCAGUGGUGAUUGCUAACUGAGGACUACCUGUAUAUGCACAUAGAAUUGCAGUCUAAGGCAAGAGAUCAUCAACAUGGAAUUCCAGAUGGCUAGGAUCCCCAAAAUGAACAACAAAAAAUCAGUAUCUUACAAGACGUUAGCUUUCUCACAUGAAAUUCCAUGCAUCAAUUCUGCUUUCACAAACUCUUGUGUGAGAAUACCAGGUUGAAGUAAUUAAAAGCAGAUGAACUUUGAUGAUUUUGGGAGAUUUGAAUGAUUAUGAUUUUAAUUGGGAAAAUCUGUUUUACGUGAUUGCAUGAUGACAGUUGGGGGAAAAAAGCUGAUCUUAGAUUUAGGCUUAAUGUGUUGGCAAUAUCUGGCAGAGUUCCAGGAACGGGUAGAGUUCUGUUGCAACCCACUGGGGGAAGAAGUAGGUUGGGGCCUGGUUAGUUCUUUGAUGGGAGACAUCUGGGAAAUACCAGGAUCACAGGCCAAAUUGGGAAGUUGAAAAAGCAUCCCAGCAUGCAAUGGCAGGCCACUUCUGCAAUAUUGCCAAGAAAACUACAUAGAUGUGCCCAAGAGUUUCCCCAAGAGUCAAGCUUGACUUGAAGAAGAUCUUAUCCUUAAGGUGCUACAAGUCUCUUUGUUGUAUUUUGCUGCAGUUGGGGAUUUGAUUGCCCCCUCUGGAAGCAGUCAAACAAGCUCAGGAAUGAUUUCAGGCUGAAACUUUAGUAUCCUCUGGUCUUGUUCUGUAUGACUUAAUCAAGCAGGAUAAAUCAGGCAAGUGAAAUCCACAUAUAUUUUUUUCCAAUCAUAAACAGGUUGUGAAAUACAACAUUUUGUGGUAGAGUAUUGAGUUCUUAAAAGAUGAAAGCUUAGCUGACUGAACCAUCUGCUGGCUGCAUUCUGCAAGCCAGCAUUCUGUGUGUAACAACAGGGAGCAGGAAAAGCUGCUCAAAGUGUAGAACCUAAACGUGCGAAAGCAGAAAUAUGUCUCGGUGGUCUGACAUUGUCCUGGUGGCCUUCUGUCAGUUAGCACUUCUGUUCAAAAGUGCUGCCUCGCAAAAUUGUGAGACUGGACCAGCGGUAGCAGUGGGGGUCAAAAAAGUCAAGAUAGCUGCCAGAGUCAUGAUUGAAGCCCUACCUCUUUUUUACACGCAUCAUAACACACUUUAAAAGAGGUGAGGCUUUGGUUGCAUGGUUAUAGCAACCAUGUUGACUUUUUUUACUCCCUUGCAGACACCCCUGAAGUGGGCUGAGAUGGAAAAGGACCCCGACAAGGGGAGUGGCCUGAAACUUCUCAGAACCAUACCUGUGAGAGAUGCUGCCCAUUUACAGCAGACACCACUCUUCAAUGCAGGACUGUGUUUUUGUGUGCCUAAUUUUAUAUAGUAUCCGCCUUCAGGUUAGAUGUGUGAGUUGGAUUAACAGUAAUCCUCUUGUUGCUUUCCAAAAGUCACUUCUCUCCCCCAUCCUGUUUUUAAAGGGGCAUACUUUCCACAAGCUUUGCCAAUCCUUCUGGCUGGCAGCUUGGAACCUGGACAGCUGGAGGUGGCCUGUGACUGGCUUUUGGGAUCUAUAUUAGGCUGUACCUUAGUUUGGCUAACCAAAGGGAACAAAAUGGAGCGCAUGCUUCUGCUUCGCUUUGUCUGUUUCAAGGUGGGUAGCCUGCAGCCUUCCAGAUGUUGCUGAGUGUUCACUCACUGCAGCGUCUCUACCAGAGAGGUCAGUGUUAACUGACCAGUCCCUGGAUGGCCUCCAGUUGUCCAUGCCUUGGACUAGAUGAUCAGUGAAGCCAAAAGGGGGAGCUAAAAACGCUGGUUCUGAAGGCAUGGAGGGCCUCUUAAGCAGGCAAUGAAAUUCAAGGUUGGUGGCUAUCAGAAUGGUUUCUAGUGCCCAGGCAGAGCAGACUGCCACCCACCCUCAACGAGUCCAGUGCUUUGAUAUAUGAAGAGGGUGUUUUUGCCGAAGGUCCAAGAGCUGCUUUCCACAACCACUUUAGGGGAGGCAGGAGGGGAUGGGAAAAAUGUCUGCUGGAGAACUACUACCAGGCUAGAUGGAUAAAUGAUUUGCUAUCAGGCAGUUUCCAGUCUCUGUGACUAAAAUCUCAUAGGAACAAUUGUAAUUGGAGCUGGGUGCCUUCUGUUCUAAAGCUGUUCUGGAUUCUGUGCUGAGAAUGCUAUGUUUUAAAAAAAGAACCCCCUCCCUCCCUCCCAUCAGUUUUGCUUUUUCGGUCAUCUUCUAGUCACAAGGGAGAGGCAAAAUGCUGAGGAGGCUCUCCUUAAAAGAGAUUAAUAACAACAUUACAGUAGUGCUAUAGCUGCUCAUCUUUUAGUCUUUCCUUAUAAAACCUUUAACCAAUGAGAGAUGACAAACGUGACUUCCCCUUUUCAUCUAAAAGACUAAAGUGAUUUUUUAAAAUGUACUUAACCUCUGUUCUCAGCAUAAAGUGAUAUCUAUCACAAAAGAUCGCAGUGUGAAUAAUUUCUGCUCAGGAUAGCUGCCAGGCAUCUCUUCUUUCAGAAUAUGCCAUUCCGUUUGUCCCUCUUGCUUUCUGUCCUUGUAGUCCUUGGCCUGAGUUCUGUGCCUUUUUCCUGCCCAUGGCACUGAAUGCGUUUGUCUUUCCCCAGUCUUGGGAGUCCGCCAAGCUGGCAACCCUUUCCUGUGUGUGGAUUGUGUACAAAAUGGGACUGUUAUUCAUUCUUGUAGAAUGAAUUCCCAGUUGUAGAAUGAAUUCCCAUAUGCUUCCUCCAACUGAGCUCCCCAGGUGUAGCUGAAGUCUCAAUUCUAGUGUACACCAGAUAGGGGAAGGCUGGCAUAUAGGACAUCUAGAGCAAAGAAGAGAUGUUAUUCAUUGGUGACACAUUUCUCUGAGAAUCCUGUACUUCAAUAUUAGGCCAGUGGAGUACAACCUGUGGCCCCUCAAAAGCUGCUGCUGAAUUUUUAAUGAUGAAACAUUUGGAAGAGUAUGGAAUAUUUUUAAUUUCGAAAAUUACAUGUAGUAAUCGUGAACACAUCCAGUUCUUCAGGUACAGCCCCAGCACACCACACUAGAGGCACCUUGUCCAUGGGAGAUAAACCCUCUUCCUGCCUUCUUCGUAUGCCUGUUGAGGGUCUCCGGUUUGUGAGAAUGUGUCUGGGUUCACCUAAUAUGCUAGGCUUUAUAAUUCAGUAUGUUGCGUGAACAUGGGCAGUUGAGUUAAUUCAGCAGACCAUAGUUCAUAUUAACCAUAUGUUAAUUUGUGCAAACAGUUCUAGUCAGAAGCCCCAGGAUGUGGCUCGCAGGGGAGGAGUAGCGCAACCAAUCAUGAAAAAUGAUGGUGGGGGGAAGAAAACAAACCGGUAAGAGGGGAGCCGUUUUCCUAUUCCGGAGGCUGCGGGCGUAUUCCUGUAAGUCCUGGCUAACCCAUCAAGCUCCUUUGGCCUUCCUGUUUUACAUUUCAGCUGGGUUCACAUAAUGCACUAAAUCAUAAUACGGUUUGCUAUUUUUGUUAUGUGAAUCCAGUCUCUGCCAUUUGUAGACCAUGAAUACAUGCCACACGGUGCAAUUAAGCCAAUUAUAAUUUAUUCAGUAAACCCUGAAAAAACAAACCUUGGCUUAGCAUGAACUCAGCCCUAAUCUCAGUAGUAUCACUCCUGCUCUCCCCACUGUGCUGAGAAGGAGUCCUGUGAAAAGAAGCUGCCAGAUCCAGCUCAUGCUAAUUUUUGAUCCCUGGUGUGUUUUCACCAAGAUAGUAAGUGCUUUAGUGUCUCAGACUGCAAGCUAAAUCGUAAUAAUGGGGCUUUUUUUUUCAUAUUUUCUGCUGCUACUUUUCCCCUCUUUCCCUUCUAGAAGAGAAUUUUGAUUAUGUUUUUUUUCUAAAAUAAAAAAAAAGACUAUUGGAUAACUUCUCAUAUUUCCCCAAGUCUACUGCAGAAACAAGGGCAACUGGCAGCUUUCUGAACCCUUUUAUGCAGUCCUGUGCAGUUUUCCAGUGGGUGAUAGCCUUAGUCCCGCUUCUGUUGGUCACUCUUGCUUUGGGGUGGAAAUUAUGGGAAAAACAUUAAAAAAGCAUCCACUGUUUCUUCUGGGAAUCCAGUAUAAGAUGCCUUAUAAAUGGGAUAUCAGGAUUUAAGUUAUCUUGAGCAGGAGCAUUUUCCCCCUAAAAUCCUGCCUUUCCUUUUGCAAAGAAUAGUUUAUAUGAAGUUCCUAGGCAGGCAACCCCUUUCCUCGGCUUUCUUUUGAGCAGGGUAAGGUUGAUGAAGCUUCAGCUGUGAAACCUCUUUGUCUACCCUAAGAUAAAUGUCAGGAAGGAAAAGCACCAUUUGAUUAAAAUAUUGUACAAGAGAUAAGUAUAUUCUAUUUAAACUACAUUCAUCUGUCCAGGCCUACACCAGUCUCCCAGUACUUGGUAAUUUUUUAUUGUUACUCCUGCAUGAAGACAGGCAAAAAGAACAGAGACCUGUUAAAUCUCAGAUAACAUACUGAAUGGUCAACUGCAUUCCUCUUGAUGGGUUAUAUUAUACAGACUUUUCUGAGGGAGACAUGCCACUGUAAUUGAAUUUCUGCUGAUGUUUUGAUGUGUGUGCAAUUUCCAAUAAAAAAAUAAUUCAAU